UUAGUCCUAGGACCUACAAGCUCCUUGGAUCAAAUUAGUAGAGUUCAUAACUCUACACUCGUGAAGUUAUUAGACCCAUAAUAAAAUAAAAUAAUAUACCAUUUGUGACAUGUCAACUGCUAACUGAGAAGAGUAUGUACCAACGUGGUAUUGGAAAUUUUCCUUGUUCCUCCAUGUUUUGUUCUAUAGAGUGCUGGUUUUUGGUUCAGCAGAUUCACAUUCAAUAUGUGAAAGAUUCCCAUACCCCACAACCUUAAUUCCUUCUUUUCUGUUCCACCUAAGCCUUAGGGCCUAACUGCAACUCCCAACUUUUUCUGUCAAUACAAAACAAAAGUGACCUUAAUUUCUACACACUCUUCAACAAGAAGCCCCACUUUGAAUCUAAAUACGCAACUCCCUUCUCAAUCAUUCCCCCUCCAUUCUUCAAUUCAAAAUUACUUCACGAAAUCAUCAGCCCAUUACUAACCUUCCAAACAAAACCAACCAUUAAUUAAUGGCCAUUUCUCUGCACAAAACCAGCAUAGUUUUCUACUUCUUUUCUUUCCCUAUUCCCCUACCAUACCACCUAUAAAUAUGGUUGAUUUCCAUUCACAGCCUCUUGCCUCUUAACUUACAAAGAAAACACUUCCCUUCUCUCUGAUUCUCUCUGUUUCUUCCUUUGAAAGAGAUCCAGCCAUGGCUUUAAGAUGGCUGCUUCAUUCAACAAGCUAUCUUCUUGGAAACCCGAUUGAGGCCCGUGGUGAAGAGAGUAGUUCAAAAGGGAAAAAUGGUUAUGAAGAAAUAUGCACUUCUGGGUUUCAAAUGCCUCUUCAUUACCCUCGCUACAACAAGGCAGAUUACCAAAAGAUGGAGGAGUGGAAACUGGAUCUCCUUCUCAAGGAAUAUGGCUUGAGUUUUCAAGGCAGUUUGGAGGAGAAGAGGGCCUUUGCGAUCGGUGCAUUUCUAUGGCCUGAUCAGUAUUGAUGCUCCUUUAUCUCUCUCUUUCAAACUAAAGAUUCGACUGUCUUCUGCUGUGUCAUCUUCAUUUCUAGGGAGAGUUGUAUCCGUUCAGCUCAGCCUGUACUUGGAACAAACUUAUGGUAUUGGUGCCUGUUUAAAACAUAAUCUAUUUCUGUUUAAUUAUAUGUGAUCUCCAUACUUUUUCUGUAUAAUAAGAGUAAAGCUUCCUUGUUUCCUUUU